UUCAUUACCUUCUCUCUAUCUUUCUUCUCUUUUCUGCAUCCUCUUCUUUUACCUCUUUCCAAAUCAUAUUCCUCCUUCUUCUAUCUCUUCUCUCUUGUUCCUCCCAAUCUCUUCUUUCAUGCUCCCUUUUCUUCUCCUUGUCCACUCCUUCACUGUCCUCUUCUACCUUCUCUCUUUUUCUUUCUCUCUCUUUCAAUUCUCUCUCUCUCUUCUUAAUCACUGCUUUUUUUCUCUCUCAUCCUCCAUUCUUCUUUCCUCCCAACCGCGCAUCUUCUGUUUUUAUUAUUUAUUUAUUUAUUUAUUUUCUUUUUUUAAUUUAUUAUUUAUUAUUUAUUUUUCUGCCCGACAGUUACUAAAAAGUCGCAAUUUCUGAUAUUAUUUGGAUUAUAAAGCCUCAAAUUACAUCGGAUGGAAGUAAUUUCAUUACACCUUUGCCUGUAGAGAACUUUAAGAUCAUCAAAAAUUUGAUCUAAUAACAGCUUUCAAAACAAAACGACUCAAAUGUUAAAAUCAUUUGUGAGCAAUAUUUGCCGAAAGUGAUAUUUUAUCGCAAGACUGAAUUUUGUUUUACAUUAGUUAUCAUUUUAUCUUUAGAUGUUUGAUUAUGUUUGUGCAAACAGUUGCACAGUUGUUAAUCUUAUUACCUACGUCAUGCAAUGUUGUGAAAUGUCAAAGUUGAACAAUUAUAUCUUUUGAACGGAAUGGCCAAUUUAAAUAAACUUUUUCUUUUGUUUUAAAGUUAAUGAUAAUCUUAGCAAUAUCUGUAAAUAUAAUAAAUUGUGACAGUUUAGAUGAUGCUCCACAAUAAAAAAAAGAUGUAUUUUUUGAAGAUUUUAGGAUUAUAACGAGAUCAAAAAGGCGAAUUUCGAAAAAAUAAAAAAGGUUUUGCACCAAACUUAAUGCUCUAUUGAAUAACAUAAAUUUGUCAAAAUCGAUAGAAGCAUGAUUCAGCUGAAACGCUAUUUCUGUUCUAUAUUAUCUUAUAUCUUCUUUACUAUGACUGGCUUCGACGAAUAAAUGGCACCGCUGAAAAAAACUUGUCGAGUUGUAUAGCAUAGAAGCAAGAAAGAAAAAUUUUGCAAUAUCAUAUUACUUCCUUUUAUGUAUUCUUGAAAUGACUAAGAGAUAAAUCAACAACUACUAUCAGUUUUAAAAUAAAAUGUAAAAUAGUUAUAGCACUGAUGGUUUAGUGUAAAUUACGUAACAAGAAUUACAUCAUAGGGAAUAUAAUAUUAUGUAUAUAGCAGAAAAGUAUUUUCAAAAAAAAUUCCCAUACAUGACAUAAAAAUGAAAGCAAGGCACAUAAAUCGCAAAGAUAUAGAAAUGUCACUAAUAAUAAUCCGCCAAACCGCAAGAUGCAAAUAGACAAUUAAGAUUUAGUUGUGACGAUUGUUAAAAAUAAUUUAAGACAAAACUAAAAUGUCCAAUUAUUUUUUUUCAUUUGAAUAAAUUAUUCAAUCGCUUUAAGACACAGCAUUUCAUGGCUCGUUAAAAUAUAUAUAUAUAUGUUGAUCGUCGUUAAUACAUUUUUCAUGAGGUUCGUCAUGAAGUCAGAUAGUCAGAAAAACUGAUCAAUUGCAUAUGCAUUAUAUGAUUUUACAUUAUGUGGUUUUUGGUUUCUCUAAGUAUACAUAUGAACGAAAGGAAGGUGGGGAAGUCCAUGGAGAUCUAAAGCCCGGUUAGAGGAAGACUAACUGAUCCGGGACAACCGAAAAGAGAACGAGGACGAAAGAGCAGAGGCGCGCGCAGCGUCUUUCACUUCACACACAUUCUCGUUUCAUUCCUGAGGGCUUACCAAGCAACCUAAGACGAUCGCUGACUGCUACUUGGAUCGGUUGCUUGACCACUUCGUUCUUUUUACGGUGAUACGUUUCUGCUGAUGUGUUUCGCAUUGUCGAACGCGAAUCCACUUUGUCGCUGUCGUUCUUUCCUCUCGAAGUUUCGGGAGAGGUGAAACUAAAGGUGUCUUUCGGAAAAAAAUUUCUAUUCCUAAAAUUUUUUUUACUCGAGAGAAAUUUCCUGUGUCAAUCUAACUCUCUGCUAUUUUUGGAAGAUCAACAUCUUUAUGAAGAAUGUUUCGACGUGUGCUCCAAAGACUCUGCAAAUUUACUUUGAUUUUGAGAUCGUUUCAUCUAUCUGAUCAAGCUAAAUUAUGAAAAAAAAUUAAAUUUUUACAAUAUUUGUACGAUAUUUUGCAAAGAAGUUCAAUGCCCGCGGUGAACAAAGGAAAACGAUGGCAGGAUGUCGAGUGUGGAGGAUAAUUUUUGUCAUUAUCAUUAUGUGGGAAACGACCACAAACGCAAACAGUGCGAACGUCGCGCAAAUCAUUGCAAAUGAAGGUGACAGGAAAUCGUUGGAACCGAAUAAAUACAUUUAUUCGUGGACAGGGCCAAAUGCUUUGGCCAGGUCGGCCUUGGUAGAGCGACAGGAAAGAUUGCAGUAUAAUUGUGAGCUCGAAAGUGGCGAGACAAAUAUCAAUGGAUUAAAUCCAGAAUUAUUCAGAAAUAUUCUUGUGGACGAUUUGCACGAAUUGCUCUAUUGCUAUGUUCCCAAGGUAGCUUGUACAAAUUGGAAGCGCGUACUAAUGAUCGCGACCGGAAAAUGGCCCGGUAAUGAUCCUUUAAAAAUACCGGCCGAUCAAGCUCAUUCCCCGGGUACUUUUCAACGAUUGAGUAAUUAUACGCUGCCCGAGAUAGAAAAGAAAUUGGCGACAUAUGACAAACUGAUUGUCGUGCGACAUCCGCUGGAAAGGCUUUUAUCAGCUUAUCGAAAUAAAUUCGAGACUAAACAUGAGAAAAGUGCAAAAUAUUUCCAGAGCCGUUUCGGCAAAAAAAUCAUCAAAAAAUACAGAUCGAAUGCCACCGAAGAUUCUCUAAAAAACGGCGAUGAUGUGACGUUUCGCGAGUUUGUGGAUUUUGUCACCGAUGAUUCCGAGAAUGGAACUCGAAAUGAACACUGGAGACCAAUAUACGAGUUGUGCCAACCAUGUAUAGUUAAUUAUAAUCUCAUAAGUAAAUACGAGAGCUUGGUCGAAGAUGCCACAGAAGUUCUUGAACGGAUAGGGAUUACCUCUAUGAAUUUUCCAACUAAACCAUCAAGCAGCGAACCGACAUCGAAGAAAUUGGAUAGAUAUUACUCAACUUUAAGUUACAAGCAGCUUCGUAAACUGGCAGAUUUGUACAAAUUAGACUUAAGGUUAUUCGAUUACUCCUUGGAGGAUGUAUUGGGAUUUUCUUUGGCUUAAGUCACCCGUUAAUAUUAAUAGAGACAGAUGUACAAGUUUGCUGUCACAUUACUAAUGCGUCUUUAAAACCUACAUAAUCUAAGCUACAGGACAGUUCCACAUGCAUUAAGAUAAAUAAUUAUUACUACAUUUCAUUAUCGAUUAAUAUUUUAUAAGUGUGUAUAUAUAUAUAUAUAUAUAUAUAUAUAUAUAUAUAUUCUAAAGUAGAUUU